AUGUCUUACAUUCCCUCUUUCUCCCAACCGCCUUCCAGGCCAGGAUCUCUGGCCGCAUCUAGGGCAAACUCUUACGCCGGAUCAAGAUUUGGCGCCUCUCGUCCCGGCUCUCCGGGGCCGGGCAGUCCAUAUGCCUCACACCCCGGAUCACCGGGCCCCGGAAGCCCAUUGGCGUCAAGACCGGGCACUUCAGGAGGCCCGUCUCGAUCAGCGACCCUCAAUGGGAAAUCAAGGCCAGGCAGCCCUCCUCUCGAGGUGGAGACUGAGCAGACCACGCCAGAUGUUAUGUCUGUGCUGGAACAUGCGAACGAGAUGAUCCGAGACGAGAAGGGAAACCCAAAGAUUGGACGCAUCGUUGGAGGAAAAUACGUCGACCCAUCCAACGAGCAGAUCGACCCUGAUUGUGGAGCAAUAAAAACUGUUGACAUUGAUAUGCCACUCACUUUGACCGAGCUCGUCAACCACAACGACAAGGAGUACAUUGUUCUCGAGUAUGCCACCGACGACAAGCAGAACCCCUACAACUGGAGUCCGUGGUAUAAGAGCAUGGUGACUGCCAUGCUUUGUCUGAUGACUCUCUUCAUUGGUCUGGCCACGACAGCAUACAGCUCUGGAAUCGGCAGCAUGGUCAAGGACUUGCACGCUUCCCAAGAAGUCGGUCAACUUGGCUUGUUCACUUUCAACUUCGCCUGUGCCAUCGCGCCCAUGGUCUUGGCACCUUUCUGCGAGCUUGUCGGUCGGAAGAUUGUUUACGCCGGCGCGUUUUUCUGCUUCACCCUGCUCUUCAUUGGCCUGGCGCUCGCCAAGGAUAUCGGAACUAUUAUCGGACUCCGACUCCUGCUCGGUCUGUUCGGUUGUGUUGGAACUAUUCUUGUUGGUGGUACCUUCGAUGACAUGUACCUCCCCCACGAACGUUCUCGGCCCAUGGCAUUGUUCUCUUGGAUCGCCAUCUUCGGUACAGUUGCUGCACCCAUCUACGCUGGCUUCAUCGACCAGGCCAUCGGGUGGCGUUGGAUCGAGGGUAUUCAAGGCCUGGCCAACGUUCCACUCCUGAUCUGCAUCUUCCUCUUCUUCCCGGAGACUCGAGGUGGGGUUGAGCUCCACAAGCGAGCUGUGGCUUUGCGCAAGGCUACCGGCGACGAGCGAUAUGUAGCCGAGGGCGACAUCUAUACGCCUGAUAUCAAGUCUAUGCUGAAGGCCUCGUCUGUCAAGGCCAUUCACAUGCUUGUCACCGAGCCUGUGGUUUUCUCGUUCGGCCUCUGGAUUGCCUUCUGCUGGGGUGUUACCUUCAUGUUCCUUUCCGUCAUCCCCAUCACAUUCACUGAGAAGCGUGGCUGGUCCGAAGGCGUCAGCGGCCUGCCGUACAUCAGUCUGGCCAUCGGAACGACUCUGGCCUGGAUGGCCCACCACCUUCAAAUGCGCAAGUACGACAGACUCAUCGCCAACCCGAACGUUGAGGUCACCCCGGAGGCUCGACUCUACGGCGCUAUGUACGGCGCCAUCUGGCUGCCCGUGGGCCUGUUCAUCUACAGCUUCACACAGUACGCCUACCUCUCCUGGGUCGGCCCGGCUAUCGGUCUCGCCCCUAUCGCUUUCGGUAUCUACUUCGUCUUCGAGUCUACGUACAGCUAUACGGCUGAUUGCUAUGGCCCGAGCGCAUCCUCGGCCAUUGCUGGCCAGGGUCUUAUGCGUAACACCCUGGGCGCGGUAACUCCGCUGUUCUCGACCCAGUUCUUCCACAACGUGGGCUCGCAAUACGCUGGCUUGAUCUUGGCACUUAUCGCCACAGGACUGAGUAUGAUUCCGUUCGUCAUGUUCAAGUUCGGGCCCCAGCUCAGAGCCAGGAGUAAGCUAGCGCAAGAGUACUAG